AUGGUUGAAAUUUACAGUUUUUACAUAUUUUACAGGGUCAAAUUAAUUUACUCCAAUCUGUACAACAAUAAUGUAAAAAAUGCUAUUGAAAAUCUAACACAUUCCACCACAUCUCAUAAUUCCUCAGAUGUCGAUGGAUACAAGACUUACGAGAAAUUAUUGAUUGGUUUUCUGAAUGGUCUGAAGUCAUUUAGUAAGACUAUCUGCGAGAUUAAUGAGAUCAACAACUUCAAGGGCAUCUCUACCUCUUAUUUCAACACUUGUACUACACAUGAAUAUAAAAUACAUUAUUUCGAGACAAUUACAGGUUACAAAUUAGUCUGCUUAACUUCGUGCGACGUUCCUAGUUUGGAGGACACUCUCAAGUUUAUUUACACUGAAAUUUUAACCAACUUAAUUAUUGUAAACCCUACCUAUAUCGUGGGUUCUACCAUUGAAUCCACAGAUUUUGACAAGUUAAUUAAAAAAUCGCUUUCAACUAAUAUUUAA